AUGCCGAUCACGGCUCUUCCUAGUUCCACCGUUCAUGCCAUCGGCUCAACGUCAGUCAUCUCGGAUCCUUGCUCAAUUGUCAAGGAGUUAUUAGACAACGCCAUCGAUGCUUCAGCCGCAUCAAUUGGUGUCGAAAUAUCCCAAAAUACGCUCGAUCUCAUCCAAGUAAAGGACAACGGACACGGCAUCCCCUCCGCCGACCAUGCUUUCGUAUGCAGACGCACCUUCACUAGCAAGAUCCAGACCCUCGAAGAUCUGAGGAAGGUUGGCGCAAAGAGUCUGGGCUUCAGAGGCCAGGCGCUGGCCAGCGCGGCUGAGAUAUCCGGUGGCGUGAAUAUUCUUACUAGGGUUGAAUCGGAACUGGUCGGCAGUUCUAUGAAAUAUGGGCGGAAUGGAGAGCUGUCUAGCACCCAACGAACAUCGCAUCCGGUCGGAACCACUGUUCGUAUCACCGACUUGUUCAAGCCUAUCCCUGUCCGGAGGCAGACCGCGUUGAAGACUUGUGCCAAGACUUUGAUGAGAAUUAAGAAAAUGAUCCAGACUUACACCAUGUGUAACCCGUCGAAAAGGUUCUCGUUCAAAGUUUUGAAGGCCCGGGCGGAGAACAAUAAUUGGGUUUAUGCGCCGCAGAAUGGGACGCUGAUGGAUGCGGUAUUGAAGAUUGCCGGCUAUGACGUUGCUUCUCAAUGCGUUGAAAAAACAUGGCCAUGUCAGGAGCAUGCGCAAGGGGUAGAUGCAGAAGCUCAUGAUCUCGGCUUCUGUCUAGUUUCAUUGCUGCCUGAUCCCAAAUGUGACUUGACCAAGAUGAAUAAUCUCGGCCAAUACCUUAGUAUUGACGGCCGACCAAUAUCAGCAACUCGAGGAAUCGGCCAGGAUAUUGCCAAACUCUACAAAUCGUAUAUACGUGCUGCCGCCUCUCGCCAGGAAGGCUCUACGACGACGGAUUCAUUCCUUUGUUUGCAGAUCUGGUGUCCUGAAGCGAGCUACGAUGUGAACAUAGAGCCAGCCAAAGACGAUGUAUUAUUUGAAGACCCGCACGAAGUGCUUGGUCUAGUGGAGGAUCUUCUCCAGUCUACAUAUGGAGAGAAGGAGAAUACCAACGGCAAACAGAAGAAGAAAGAGAAGCAGCCAGUGCGAGAUAAUGGUUCAUUUGACCUACUUCUCGCUCGCAGGAAUGAGGAAGCUGUGUCAACGAACGGAAAUAACCCUUCUAGAAUGCAUGCGGCCGUGCCCACGAGUCCUCGGUUUCCUGUUCAGCGUCCCGCAACUUUUGACAGCAAUAGCCGCUCUCGCGAAACUUCGGACUCGGAGGCAAGUUUGACUGCCGGUAGUCAGAGCCCUGUGGCCUCCAAGGAAGGGCUCAACCCGUGGUUCUUGACCAGUUUGAAUGCUCCGAUACAGCGAAUAAAUAAUGUCAAUUUGGACAGCACCGGUCCGCGCAUAACGAAAUAUGUUCCUGGCAAAGGCUUUCGCGAAUGGAGCCAAAGCUCCCGAGAGAGGAAUCGGAGAGGCUCUGCGGCCUCGAUAUUGCCCAGCCCGUCAGCAUCCAGUCCCGACUCUUCCUCUCGGUCCGCAGCGGCGUCGCCGUCCAAACCAGCGAGCUUCCAUGUUCCUCGUGUUUCAGCAUCACGGACAGCAGACCAAUCCAGAUUAUCAGAGCCUAAUGAAGAGCGGCAUAACAAUGGGUUGGACAGAUGGUUAGGGAGGUCCUCUGCGACAAUGCCUUCCCGGGCAUCUGCGGAAUUGGAUGAGCCCCAAGAGCCGUCUUUGACUCAGAGGCGAUUCGAACAGUGCCUGAAUGAGGGCGAACCUCCGAGCCAGCUUUCAUCGACCGCAGACCUUUCUAGGCAUACGCGAGAAAAUUCGACAUCAUCAGCCACAUCGCUAACUCGCCGGCCACUUGACCUCGAAGAGAUGAACAAUGUGCGAGGAGAGCAAGCUAAAGUCCCUAUUCAGGAGGGAUGGUCAACUGGACUUCACCAACUUUCGCAGUCUAAUGUUACUGCACUAGAAGACGCUCUUGACUUUGAGAGACGCAAGAAAGAAGCAAUCCAAAUGCGUCGAGAGCAAAUCCGGAGUCAGUCAGGUAACCGCAACACCAACUCGCCACACCUCAGCCGAUAUCUCGCUGCACGCGCUUCCUUGUCGCAACCUGAAGUUCCAACCUCCUCCAGGGAAGAAACUGUGGGUGAUGCCCAAUUAAAUUCCUCGACAGAACCUCGCACAUUACCUACCUCUGCGACACCGUCUGUCCUGCAACCAUUUGAUCCUAGAUUGUAUCUCAUGCGUCGUCGGAACUCACAUCUACAAGGAACAUCUGACGGGAGUAAAUUGCGCCGGAUAAAUCCUAAUAAAUUGCCAUUUGAAACGAUCCCGACCGGACAGGAAAUACAUGACAUUGGUUUGACACAACCAAUCGACACACCAUACGUAUCGGAAGAAUUUGAUAAAUUGACAACUGCAGAUCUAUAUACGCAGGAUGGGCGAGAAUAUGAAGCGUUCGGACCCUCGGAAUCUACUCCAGAGCUGCUCGAAGCCUGGGUGUAUCGGCUGCGCUCACUGAUCGCAAAGAGGUAUAAGAUCGAAGAGGGAUCCGUCCCGAACGUGCAAUUUGAUUUGAGUGCCUUAACUCUACCAUGA